UCUUGGGUAUAUCUAUCUGUGUAACUAUCUACCUGAGUCACUUACUGAACAUUAAGUGGAAUGACUGCAUAUAACAUCAAACUUUGGUGUGCAGUACUGUAUCUGUAACAGUCAAGCAAUGCAAACACUCUAGAUAGUGAGUGAGUGAAGCUAAAGCUACAAAAACUACCAGACAAAAAUUACUCUUUUUCUUCUCUUCUCUCUUCUUCUGGGGUUUUAGUUUUUUUUCAUUCUCUCACCAACACACAAAAUGGGCCUUGUUGUUUCUGAGGAUGCCCUCAAGAAGCUGCAAGCUCUCAUGGAUCAAGUUGAGGAGGAGCCACUGCUGAGAACUUUUCAGAAUGUUCAUCAAGGAUGUGUUACGGAAACCUUAAUUCGAUUUCUAAAGGCAAGGGAGUGGAACGUUUCCAAGGCACAUAAAAUGAUAAUCGAAUGUCUAAAUUGGAGAGUGCAAAAUGAAAUUGACAACAUAUUAUCGAAGCCCAUAAUUCCUACUGAUUUAUACCGAGGCAUUCGUGAUUCACAACUUAUAGGUUUGUCAGGUUACUCAAGAGAGGGUCUUCCUGUCUUUGCAAUUGGUGUUGGGCUUAGCACAUUUGACAAAGCAUCUGUUCAUUAUUAUGUGCAGUCUCAUAUUCAAAUUAACGAAUAUCGUGAUCGUGUAAUAUUGCCUUCUGCAUCAAAGAAGCAUGGACAGCCUAUUACCACAUGCAUAAAAGUUUUGGAUAUGACUGGUCUGAAGUUGUCAGCCCUAAAUCAGAUCAAGUUGUUAACAAUAAUAUCAUCCAUUGAUGAUCUGAACUACCCUGAGAAAACAAAUACUUAUUACAUUGUAAAUGUCCCAUACAUAUUUUCAGCCUGUUGGAAGGUUGUGAAGCCACUUCUGCAAGAGAGAACAAGAAGAAAAGUGCAAGUCUUGCCGGGUUGUGGGCGAGAUGAACUGUUGAAGAUCAUGGAUUUUGCAUCUCUGCCACAUUUCUGUAAAAGAGAAGGCUCUGGAUCAUCGAAACAUUCAGAUAAUGGAAGUGGAAAUGAAAAUUGCUAUUCCUUGGAUCAUCCUUUCCAUCAGAAGCUCUACAAUCACAUAAAGGAACAAUCCAGAAUCCAUGAAGCUGUUGAACCAAUCAAGCAGGGAUCAUUCCAUGUAGAUUUUCCUGAACCUCCUGCUGAGAAAGCUGAGAUUGUCAAGACUUUAGAGUCUGAGCUACACAAGUUUAAGAUCAGCAAUGGGAGUUGUGAUUGAAGAUUGAUGGAUAAUGUUGUCAAUGUUGGUCAUGUGGUCUUUUUCCAGUCCUACUAACCAUUUGAAAACUAAUAUAGUACAAGGGUUCUUCCUCUUCACUACCAUCAGGAUUCCGCAGUACAAGUUAGCCUUGUUUAUGUUAGCUUGAGAAAUUUAGGGAGUAGUAGUAAAAAUAAAGCGGAUCCUAGAUUUGCAUUAUGCCAUAAGGCAAGUAAGAAAUGUUAUUAAAUGUGAUCUUUCCCA